CACCCCUUACUAGAUACAGUUUGAUGCAAGUAUCGAUUUUCCAUUAACCUUGUCGAGACAAGGGUAUAAAACACGGAGGUAUGCAUCUUCAUAUGGCAUUCGAGUUUCAAUUUUUGUGCAAUUCAGAAAUGUCUGACGAUAACGACGACGAUAAAGACAGACCACUUGGUGUCUUUAAUCCAAAUCAACGUCAAUUCUUUGAAGACGAAUUAAGAUACCGAGAAAAAUUGGAACAGCUGCACGCAGAUAAUUCCAGUCCAACGCAUCUUUAUAUUCGACCAAAAGAAGUUGAAUUAGACGUUGAUUUGUUGGAUGAAUAUGAUUCGUUUUAUAAAACGACUGCAAGUUUGUUGGUGCUCUUUCAAAUCAUGGGUAUUAUGCCAAUUAGACGCAGCGCACCAGGUGAAAAGAUGCCGAGAACUACUUAUCAUUGGAAAUCAAAAGUGUUCUUAUGGGCUUACUUCAUCUAUGGAUGCCAGACCAUUCUCGUAGUAUACACGUUGCAGGCACGAAUCCAGAAUUUUUUAAAGUCAUCAAAACGAUUCGAUGAGAUUAUCUACAAUGUUAUUUUCAUAAGUUUGCUGUCGCCACACUUUUUAUUGCCAGUUGCAGCUUGGCGCAAUGGAUCUGAAGUGGCGAAGUUCAAGAAUAUGUGGACCAACUAUCAGCUACAGUAUUUUCGAGUGACUGGUACGCCAAUUGUUUUCAAGCAAUUGGCCGCAAUGUCUUGGGUUGGAUGUGUUGCUAGCUGGUUGAUUGCCAUCGUAAUGAUGUUAUCUCAGUAUUAUUUUCAGCCAGAUUUUACAUUUUGGCAUAUUUUCGCCUAUCUACCCAUCAUUGCCAUGUUGAAUGGCUUUUGUUGCCUGUGGUUUUUGAACACGACCGCCUUCUCGACGGCCAGCAAACUACUAGCGGCGAAAAUUGAAGAAGCAUUGGUUCUGCCAAGGCCAUCAGAGAGUUUAACCAAGUAUCGACAUUUGUGGGUUGAUCUGUCGCACAUGAUGCAGCAGCUCGGCCGUGCCUAUUCCAAUAUGUACGGCAUUUAUGUUCUAAUUAUUUUCUUCACAACGGUCAUUGCAUUGUACGGCGUUAUGAGUGAAGUUCUUGACCAUGGAGUCACUUUUAAAGAGCUCGGCCUGGUAAUCAUCGUUUUUUACUGCAUGAGUUUACUCUUUAUCAUUUGUAAUAAGGCACAAGACGCCAGCGAAAAGGUUGGACUGGAAUUCCAAACACGUUUACUGAAUGUAAACUUGACGGCAGUGGACAAAGCGACCCAAAAGGAAGUUGAAAUGUUUUUGAUUGCCAUUCACAAGAAUCCACCGAUUAUGAACUUGGAUCAAUAUGCUGAUAUUAACAGGAGUCUCAUUACAUCGAAUAUUUCUUUUAUGGCCACUUAUUUGGUUGUGUUGCUUCAGUUUAAAUUGUCUUUGGUGCGGCAAAGUGCUCGACAAGCGGCCCAGAAAUCAUUGCUCAAUCAGACAUUGUUGCAUCGUCAAUAAGCUUGGCAUCGAAAUAUAAAGGAAAAAAAGAAAGAAUAAUU